AUGUGCCACACUCGUCACCGUAUGCUAUGCCGGUGCAGGAUCCGUCUUUGGAGUUGCUCUACUAGCUGCACCUCCUGCCAUUGUGGCUUGCAAUGCAGCGUUCGGUACUUGCCAGGCAGCUUGCUGGGCGGCUCUCGUUGCUCCUACUCCAUGAUUGAGUGCGAUAAAGGCAAAUACAUUCACAAUUGGAAGCUCAAAGGGAAUUUUGAGGUGCGCGGCACUGAAGGACAACCGUGA